UCUCUGAACAUUACUAACUUUAUGUCUAUCAAAUAAACAAAUUCGACCGAUUCUAACGAUUGUUAUUGCUAUCAGUGAUAAUUUGUUCUCAGUUGAGUACUUCUCAAAGAUGUCGGAAUUCUGCCGAUUAUGUCGAAUACAAAUACUUUCGCCAGGUACUGCCGUAACCAGCAAAUCGAUGAGACACAACAAACCGAUACAGGAGAUUAUCUACGAAUGUACACAGAUAAUGCUAGUCAAAGAUACAAGACUUCCACAAUUUCUAUGUGAUUCCUGUGCUAUACGGUUAGACGAGACGUAUGCGUUUAUAUUGCUGUGUCGAGAAUCAGAAGAACUGCUCUUGAAAGUGUUUCCACAACUAGCGCAACCUAAACCCCAAAUCGAUAUUUUAAGCAAUUCAUCAAGGUCAAUUGAACAGCAGAUGAGGGGACAACGAUUACCUUGUCAUCACGACACAUCACCCGUCAAGCUCGAACUCGUACCAGAAGUAUUGAACACCCCGAUGGAAUACUCAAAUUCUUUUGCUACUCUACCUGGCAUGGAAAAUGAAUCUCGGAAGGGAAAGAACAAAGACUGGAUCUCAGAGGCACGCAUCCACCGGGAACGUCAACGGUUAUCGACAGCCAAGCGUCGCGCUAAGAUGAGUGACGCACAAAGGGAAAAGGAACGGGAACGAGCGAGACUCCGACAGGCUCAGCGUCGCGCCAACCGUACUGAUGAGGAAAUUCGAGCACAACGAGAACGGGACAGAAUACGGCAGGCUAUGAAACGUGCUAAAUUUCGGGAGGUGGAAAUGAUGGAACAGCACUCCUUAAAUCACGGGUUGGGUUUGCUUGGGUUAAAUCAAAAAUAAAUCCGAUAUAGUGAAGUUGGA